AUGUCUUUGAACGAUUUUAUUGAACACGAGACUUUACUUCAAUCGCUAUCGCUAGAAGACAAAACAGAACAACAACGAUGGAAUUCACAAAGAUUUCAGAGGUCCUUCAACGAGUUUGCUGAUGAGGAUGAUAUGGACCUCGAUGAUGACCCGAUGGAUAUUGACGAAGAACCAUUCAAUGAACACAUAGGCGAAGCUGCAUCCCCGGAACACCAGGGAGUCACAAUCGAGGAAUUCGAUACCACUCUCGAAAGGGAUGAACAUCAAAAUCUACUCGCAUUAUUGUCACCAACUAUGAUGGGCGCUAGAUUAGCAAUAUCCGAUAGACCAAAGCUUUUGAUGCCACCUUCGCCGAAAGUAAACAAGAAUGGAGUGAUGGGUGCAUCAGCUGAAUUGGAGCCUCGGCCCAUUACCAAGGCCAAACAUUCAAUAGAUUAUGAGUUUGACGUCAGCUCGUACCCAACGGUAAAGAAUUCAAACAAUCUGGUCCCCAAACGCGACAUCUCUGCAUUUUACAACAUAUCCAACCCCAAUGUGUUUGCAUCAGCGUCUGGGCAUUCCACGCACCCAUUUUCCAAUGAAUCCCUGAACCCACAUCCAAUCCAACCACAUCCGCAAAUGAUCCAUCAUCAUCAUUACUAUCUCAAUGGUAAUGAUGAUAAUCAGACACAGCUUGAGAGAAUGAGAAGACAGUAUUUCAAUCAAUCGGAGGUGAUUGAACUGCGCGAGAAGGAUCAAGACAGUAAUGUGGAAUCGAGGGGGCACAAUGCGUCUGAUCUUACUCACGGAUCCGGCUUUAUCAACUUACCAGCCCCUUGGAGACAAGAUAUACAUCCAAUCGAAAAAGUGCCAUACAUUAUAUCAUCGUAUUUGCAACUAUUCAUCAAUUUCAUUAUUUCCAUAUACUUUAUCUACUUUGUUUACUACAUUGUCACGUCGAUAAAAUCAGAUGUUAACCACAAACUACAGGUUCAAAAACGGGCUAUUCAAGCUCAAAUCGACUCUUGUCGUACAUUAUACUACGAAAGUAAAUGUGAUGAUCCCUCAUUUAACGGUCUACCUAUAUUACGCAAAAAAUGUGAAACGCUAGCACGAGGGAUGAAUCAAGACCCGAAUUCUGUUGGAAAUUUGUCGAUGAUCAAUGCUCAAAUCAUAGGACUUGUUUUGAAUUCAUUAGUUGAGCCAUUAAGUUUCAAAUUCUUUAUGUUUUUAUUAUGGUGUGGCAUUGUAGUAUUUGGGUGCAAUUUUGUAUUUGGAUUUGUCAGAGCAAGGACUUAUUAUGGAGGUCAAACAGGCGACAAAGAGUUGAUUAGAAAGCACGAAUAA